AUCUGUGUGUGCGUCAGUGACGUGUCACGUGAUCAGGAAGAAGCCGAUCCAUGAAAUAGGAGCUGGUUUUGGGAAGCCACUAUGCCUAAGGCGAGACGCAAAUCAGAUAAUCUUAUGCAGCUCACACUUCAACAAAGUCUUACGCGGUAGCAACACUUUGCAUCGUGUUCCUAUCAAAAGAAAAGAUGACAACCAACCCGGGCCAAGCGGAGACGAAAGGCAUACGCCGCAACAUGUUUCAUCUGAGCUACAGACAGCGAUUUCAGCAGACAGUUCCGACUCGGAUCAUUUUAGCGAACCUGACCCAGAUUCUUCAGAUGAAUGGUUGCCGUCUGGACCAACCGGGAGCAGCAGAGAUUCUUCACCAGACGAUAAAAGAAGAAAUGAAGAAGAUCGUGCACCCAGAAAAGCUCCCCCUGCCACAACUAGUACUGCAAAGAAAAGAGGUCGUGCAUCAAGCAGGAGUCGAGGGCAGUAUUUGGACUGGGAUGACGCUGGCUGGCAACCCAACAAGAUGCUCUUUACUGCAACCUCUGGACCCAAAGAUGCUGCUGCAGACAUAGACUGUGAUGUGCCAGCUAAGUUCCUGGAGCUCUUCCUGACUGAUGAGCUGCUUGAUCAUGUUGUGCAUCAAACCAAUCUGUAUGCAAGUCAGUAUUUUCAAGCACACGCUGACCUACCACAACAUAGCAGAGGUAAUGCUUGGAAGCCAGUGUCAGUCUCAGAACUGAAAACUUUCUUUGGACUAACUUUCCUGACCGGCUAUGUCAAAAAACCAAGCACUGAAAUGUACUGGAGUGUGGAUGAGGUGGAUUCCACACCUUAUUUCAGCAAAACCAUGUCAAGGAACAGGUUUCAGAUUUUAUGGAAGUUUCUGCAUUACAAUGACGAUGCAAAUCUGGAUGUGAAUGACAAAAUGUACAAAGUCCGCCCAGUGUUAGAUAACAUUGUGGAAAAAUUCAAGCAGAUGUAUCAGCCAGACAAAAACAUUUGCAUUGAUGAGGGUAUGAUGCUGUGGCGAGGGCGCUUAUCUUUCAGGGUGUACAACCCACAAAAGCCUGUGAAAUAUGGAAUCAAGUCCUACAUAUUGUGUGACUCUGCCACAGGUUAUUGUUUCAAUAUGAGGCCUUUUUUGGGGAAGGUAGUAGUUUGCCAGACACCGUGUUUUCUCUUCUUGAUCACCUUUCAGGUCAUGGCUAUACACUGUAUAUGGAUAACUUCUACAAUUCUGUAGCAUUGUGUGAGCGCUUACUGGAAGCACAGACCAAUGUCUGUGGAACACUGAGGAAGAAUAGGGGGGAGCCUCAGGUCAUCAGGGAUUUGGUAAAAACCGAUCUAGGGAUUGGGGAUAAAGUUGUGCAGCACAAUGACAAAGUCAUGGUAGUAGCAUGGCAGGACAAACGAUUAGUGAAGAUGGUGACAACCUGCCACCAAGAUGGGAUGCAGAAAGUUGAUGUGUGUCAGAAGGGGCACAAAGACAAGGUUGCUCAGUUCAAGCCAGAGUGUGUUGUUGCAUACAACUCUCACAUGAAUGGAGUUGAUAAGUUGGACCAAAGCAUUUCCCACUACCCCUUCAUCCGCAGGUCGCUGAACUGGUCCAAGAAGUUUGUUGCCUAUCUGUUCCAAAUGUGCAUGUUUAACGCCUAUAUCCUGUACCGAGCCAGAAACCCAGGGGGAUGUAACACACUUUUGAAGUUCAUUCGUAGUGUAGUGAAUCCUGGACCUUGAAGGUACACGAGCGGAAAGGGAGUGAGGUGGGGGAACAGGUAGAGGAAGAGGAAGGAGCAGGUGUUGAGGAUGGGGACUUGGAGGAUGUCAAACAUACUCUGAGAGCACCCUAUAACACUGACCCAGAGAGCAGGCUAGAUGGAGACCUUGGCAGACACAAACUGUUACCUGAAACCCACCAGUAAGAAGUCAAGACCAACAAAAAGAUGUAGGGUCUGCAUACGCAGAGGAACUCGCAGAGAGAUGAAAAUGAUGUGCAAAGUCUGUUGUGUCUCCUUGCACGCAGGACAGUGUUAUAUAGAUUACCACACCACAGUGAGAUACUCUGUCUCUGUGCAGGGGUAGAAGCGCACACACACACACACACACACACACACACACACACACGGGUAUAACUACAACAGCACUUUCUGUAAGAUUGCAUGCCUGCAAAUGAAAUUGUUACCUUUGACAAAAAUGAUUAUUUAUUGUUAUACAUUUGUGAAUAAACAUCAAAUUUCUUGUCAAAAACCAUUUUAUAGUUUGGUUUUACUAUUAUUACCCAAGGUAACUGCUUUUGGGGUGUCUGAGGUGUAAAAAAAGCUAAGUAUAUUAGUGUCAAAGACCGUUUACUGCGUUACAUUUCAGAAACAGGCAUUUCUGGUGAAACCCACCUGUGUUCUACAGCAAAUUGUGAAAGAACGGAAAAGGGUUCAAACGAGCCGUUUUCUCCUGAUGAAAGAAGAGAGUUAACUCUUUCAUUUGGUAGUUUUGGUGUUUGCAUAGUCAUAGAGCACAAUAUUCUGUGACUCUUCAAAAAACAGUAAAAAUACUCAAAAUCGCUGGCAGUGAGGGGCUUUAGUGAUCAGAAAACGGUUGGCAGUGAAUGAGUUAAAUACCUUGUGCAGCUGAUUAAUGCAGUAAUGGUGGCUCAUACCUGUUUGCUUAGCUAAAUCCAGGUAGUGACUUGUUUUUGGCCAUGAGUAUUUUUGGAUUUUAAACAUAUUAGAAAAUCAGUUGCAUAAGUUAUUUUCUUUAAAUGUAAAAGCAGAAAUGGUUUUAUUUAAUUGGACUAACAUGAAGUUUAUAUCUUGUAAUAUUUCUCAUUCCUUUCACACUUUUGACCAGCAGCACUUUUUCAUUUUUCUUUUUUUUAAUUAACUCGACAGGGCCAAAGUUGUUUGAUGAGAAACUAAUUUAAAUGAUGUAAGCUCUGCUAAAUGGAGAAGUAAGUUUACCUGAAUGGGACAGGUAUUAAAUAUUAAUAUUAUAAGUAUUUUAUCUCUGUUGGCCAGCUAGAGGUGCAGGUCCAAAAACGAGAGCUGUUUCUGCUUCCUUACACACAGAAGUAUUAUUGUUUCUGUGAAUCAAUACAUUGAAAAUAACAAAUAUGAGCGUUAUUUGUUAAUUAUUUUUGUUUAUUACACAUUAUCCUGUUUUCAGGCUCAGGUUGGUUCACCUGAGGUGCUAAAAUCAAGUUCAUGAACCAAACUGUGUGAAAACAUGAGUGUAAUCCUUUCAUGGCGAGUGUAGAGAAGGUCAAGGAAUGAUCUUGGUUGUCAAUAGAGUAUGUGUGUGUGAUAACUCCUAUCAUUAAUGGAUCAGAAUGUCUCCUGUGCAUCUAUUUAAACUUCAGAAACAAAGCAGGGUUAAUCCCACACCGUGAUCUACAGCAAAGCCUCUGACAGCGACGCUGGGCGUGAUGUUUAUCUCUGAGGGCUACGAGCUUACAAAUUAGUCCCUUUGGGUGUAUCAUUGCCUCUGAUCUUAGAGGCUCUUGGAUAACUUGACAAAACACGCUAGCCUCUUGCAGAUCUGUCAUUACGCUGUGGAUGGAGCGGCUCGCGGAAACAUUUGCUGUGAGCUCUCGAGUGUCAGGACCACUGGGAGAAAGUGUGCAAUGUGUCAUGGGAACGUCACAUCAACAAAACAAAACAGUGAAACACUCUCACGGCUUCAAACUGACGUCUUGUGGUUAAAACGGCUUAUUGUGCUGUGUAUCAAACUAUAAAUGAGCUUUUUAACAUACAGUUUGAUACUCAACAUCCAAGCCGUUAUCCAAACAAAUUCAUGGAGUCUCGGAGCAUCACUGGAAGCUGGAAGAGGAGGAAAGCUGGGAAACAACAAACUAAAGUUAAAACUAUUUUAUGGCUGAAUAUUUAUUAUGAUAAAUGACUAAAAGAAAAAGUUGAGCAAAUUUAUGAAUAAUGAUUAAAUGGAUAACAUCAGAAGUGGAACUUAAAAAUGACUUUACAUUCACAAACAUCCCUGAAAAUACAUAACACAUAAAAUGUGUUAUCUAGCAAACAAAUGUAUUAACAGUAAGUUUUAACAAAAUAACUUUUACAAAAAUCCAAUGGGAAGCUGGACGAUGUCCCGAUUGCAACAUCUUUGGUUCACGUGGUUCUGACUGGCAUAUGCAUCGCUAAGAAAACUAUCCUCUUGAAUUGGAAAAAUAGAGAAAGUCUCUGCAUUAACCAGUAUAGAAAUCUUUUGUUAGAUCAUAUUGCACUUGAUAUAGCCUCUGCUUCCACUUCAGAUGAAUCUCUCUGGGCUCAUUUGAUCGGUUCCAUCAC